AACCGCCGAUGAGGCGUGUCAGGUACCGCUGUGGGUGUGCAGCAAGGUGCGCCCCACCCAGAGGCCAGCGGCUGCUGCAGGGCCCUGCGCGCCGGCUAUAUAGAGCGAGCGCAGCCCGGAGAGCGCGCGGCGCGCAGCUCUUUGUGUCGUAACUGGGGGAACUUCGCCGCGCCAGAAGUCCUGCGCGGAGUGUCCGGCCUCUCCUCUCCGCGCCGCGUGGCGGGGGGGCUCGUCCCGCCGCCAUGGCCGAGCCCCGGCUGAAGAAGCGCCGGGGCAGCCUGCCCGUGUGCCCCGGCCACCAGCUCGCGGUUAGCAGCCGGGCGAGGCAGAACUUCCCGGCGGCGGUGGAGGAAGGCCUGUGCGGGGUCACCAGCGCCCUGCUGGAGCUCUCCUACCGCACCAAUCUCACUGCUGAGAGGAGUACGCGGAGUCGACGGGGGAGCCUGCCUGCCGCGUCUGGACCCGCGGGUGAAGUUUUUGAUCAGUCUGACGUGGCUCUACCAAACUUUUCAAAGUUUUUCCGGCACCAGGCUAAAGAAGAGAAGGAAGCUGCAGAGGCCAUGCUGAAAUACCUACAAGAGAGAGGAGGCCAUUACUGUACCAGAAUCAUCCAGAGACCAAACUGUGAACAUGUAUCCAAUGUGGUGAAGGCCCUUGAAGUAGCAUUGGUUCAAUGGAAAACAGUGACAGGAUAUUUUGAAGAGCUUUAUGCCCUGAGCAUUGAAAAUGCAGACCCUCAUAGUGCAAGUACUAUUAAGAAACAAUUUAUUGAACCCAAGAUCCGGAAGAUCAAGUUGAUGGGAGACCUCCUGACCAAUGCUCACAGGCUUGUGUGUUCCCAAGAUGGCAGAGGCAACCUUGGAGACUACCUUAUGGAACGGUUACAGGAAGAGCUAAAAACAGGCAUAGAGACAGAUUCUAGGCACCACUGCACCCCUUGUACAUCUCUUCAGCAAUGUAGAGGGACUGCAAAGGGGUUGCAACGGCCUCCAAAAGAAUUCUCCCAGAAAAGCAGCAGCAUAGGGCCAAUGCAUGCAAACCAGUGCUGUCCUUCCUCACAGUCUCUGUGCAAGGAUAUGCCAGGGGCAAAACGGAGGCAAGAGAAGGAAUAGUUGAGGCACUAUCUCCAUUCUGGGCCAUGUAGAAACCUAUCGGCAGCCACAGGGGGAGGCUGAUGUAAGUUGUCAGCCCCAGGGAUGGUUUGGCUCCAAAUGGAGGCUAAAAUCCAGGAGAUGAAAUGAUGGUUUAAAGCCCCAUGACUCCGCCCCCCCUCCCCCUUUACACUUUUCCUCCUGGGCUGUGCUUUCUGGGCUGUGCCUCCUCCAAAGUGCAGCACAAUCUAAUCUGUAAUAUACUGCCUCCUUGUAUCAUAGAUAUUAAGGCUGCUAGAUGUAGAGAAUGUCAACAUUAAUUUAACCUUUCAGAGUCUCUUACCCAUAAAUGUUGUUUUGUCUUUUUUUGUUUUUUUUUUUUUUUGGAAACUACCAGACCUCUAGGUUUCUUUCCUGUCUUAAAUGGUUGAUUGGAUUAUUUAGUGCAAAAGAGAGUUUAAGUAUAUACAGUUUUUUUUAAAGAAAAAACCUUUUUAAUACAGAGUAAUUUCUAUGCUGGAGAAACUAUAGCUGUUUAUAUUAUUAAAUAAGAUAAUCACUAUAUUAUACAGCGGUGCUGGAACUAUUUUUAUGAUGGGGGUGCUGAAUAUGGAAACCAUGUAUUUGGGUUGUUGUUACUACAAGUCAAGAGCUGCAGCAGCACCCCUAGUUCCAGAUUAUAUCAAUACAGAUUGUACUAUGUAAUCAUUCUUAAACAUUUUUACUGUCUUGGUAAAUAUUACAUGGAUAUUUAAGAGACUUGUUCUUAAAAUGAGGGGGAUUUCCAUGAUAUUUGUAUAACUUUUGUAGCAAUUAUUAUAGAGUAAUUCAAUAAACUGCUUUCUAUC